AUGGCCAUUGGCAGCCAAGUGUCUCCAAACCUUGGUCUGCAUUGGAAGAAAAAUGAGCUUGGCACAGAUAAGAAACCAUUUUGUUUCAAUGCCUCAAACACCAUGGAAGCGUGCAUGUUUGUUCUGUGCUGUGGGCUUGUUCAUCUGGCUGUUGCAGGAAAUUCGACUAACAUGGAGAAAGAUGAGUUUUAUUACGAUUACGAGACUCUGCGAAUCGGAGGUUUGGUCUUUGCUGUCAUUCUCUUUACUCUUGGAAUCCUGCUAAUCUUGAGUCGGAAGUGUCGAUGUAGCUUCAAUCAGAAGGCCAGAUCACCCAGUGAUGAGGAGGCCCAGGCAGAAACCCUGAUCACCAACAAAGCAAUGGAAGCAGCAGCCAAGUCGUUCAUACAUCUUGUCAGCAUCAUGACACACGCCGAAAUAUCUGCUGAUGCUCGCUUCACGUACGAUUAUGAAACCGUUCGAAAAGGGGGCCUGAUUUUUGCUGUUGCUGCUUUCUUCGUGGGAAUAGCCAUUAUCUUGAGCAGAAAAUUUCGAUGCAGAGACAAAACACACAAACGGUCCCAGAGGGAGGAUGAGAUUUAGAAGACGGUACUCAUUCCUUUGAGAUUUUCUUCAUAAUCUCCAGCUAAGCAGGAAGGCCCUGUAUUUAUCAGAAAUGUGACAAAGUGCUUCACGUCAUGAAUUAAUUGAUACCAUUCUCAUAAGAAAUUGGAAUUCCACCUCUAAGACUGCCUAUUUCCACCUCCGUAACAUCACCCAACUUUAUCCCUGGCUCAGCUCAAAGUUACCUCUAGACUUAACUAAACUAUCCCAGCUCGUUCCACCCUCCGUAAACUUGGGUUCAUCCAAAACUCUGCUGCCAGUGUCUUAGCUCACACCAAGUCCUGUUUCCCUAUCACCCCUGUGCUCACUUUUCCCCCAGUCAAGCAAAGUCUUGAUUUUAAAAUUCUCAUCCUUGUUUUCAAAUCCCUUCAUGGUCUCACCCCUCUCUCCCUCUGCAAUCUCUCCCAGCUCCACAACACUUGAAGAUCUCUGCGCCACUCUAAUUCUGGCCCCUUGUGCAUUCCCAAUUAUAAUUGCUCCACCACUGGUGGCUGUUUCUCAGUUGCUGAGGCCCCAAGCUCUGGAAUUCCCUCCCUACACCUCUCUGGUUCCCUUCCCUCCUUUAAGACACUCCUGAAAUCUUACCUGUUUGAGCGUAGACGUAGGGGUUUCAACCUGCGCUGCAGUCAAGAACCAGGGUGAUAAAAUAUACGAGUCAUUAGUAAGUCUAAUCAGGAAUUUAGGAGAAACUGUUUUGCCCAGACAGUGGCGAGAAUGUGGAACUUGCUUUCACACGGAGUAGUUGAAAUGAAUAAUAUAGAUACAUUUAACGGGAAGCUAGGUAACAAGGGACAAAGGAAGAGAAGGAUCUGUUAAUGAGGUUGGAUAGGAUACAGUGGGAGGGAGCUCAUGCGGAGCAUAAAGAUUGGCUCAAACAUGGUGGACCAAAUUGUCUGUUUCUUACUGGGAAUACUUUGUAAUACUCUGAACAUUUUACCUAAUAUUUCUCCUCUUUCAGAUGCAUGCUGUGGGGCAGGAGAAAGAACCUCACUGCACUCACUGGGAACGAGCUCCCAACAAACAUCUGUAGUAAAUAUUGUAGGGGUAGCUUGCGAUGGAUUGAUGUGUAUCAUUAAGCUAAAUGUCUGAGGUAAAAGGAAGCCUUUCACUGCACCCAAACUCUCAUCCACACAAGUAGCCAGUUAGAUAGAGAGCCUUUUGAUUAAUGUGUGGUUGGGGAAUAAAUGUUACCUGACUUUUAGUGUACAAUUGUUACAGAGUCUAAUAUAGUGAUUCAGUGUCCAGUUUCAAAUCUGUCUCUCUCUUUUUAUACCAUCAAGAGAUUUAUGCUCAGUUGGAAAUUAAUAAAUGGAACAUUCUGGAUAAUUAAGAAUUAUCACAACACCAAAAUAUUAAGUUUCUUUUCUUGAUGAAUUUCUUGUGCAAGAUGAGGAAUGGAAAACAGAAUCAGUGUCGCUCGACACUGUCCCCAUCAAACAUCCCCCAGGGCAGGUACAGCACGGGGUUAGAUACAGAGUAAAGCUCCCUCUACACCGUCCCCAU